AUGACACCCCAUGCGUCUGAACCAAGACUUGAGCGUGUAGCUGCUCGGAAUCCCCCGGCUAAGCCAAAGCUGUACAUCCUCAGCGACUUUCACCCGGAAGCAGUCUGUUACGCACAGUCUCUAUUCGAUUGUGUUCUGUUUGGCGACCCGGAGGCCAACAACUGGAAGUCCAACGCCACGGCGAUCCUCAUUAAGGACUUCUACAUCACCGACGAUGAUUUGGUGGCGGCGCCGCAGCUGAAAGUCAUUGGCAAACAAGGCGUCGGGCUCGACAAGAUCGACCUGGAGGCUUGCAAGGCCAGGAGCGUCGAGGUCUGCAAUUCGCCCGGCGUAAACGCUGGAGCGGUCGCGGAGAUGACGUUAUGUUUGGCCUUCUCUGUCGCUAGGGAUGUACCUCAAAUCGUCUUACGGCAGAGGGUCGACGGGGAGGUUAGCCGCAAGGAGACGGUGAGCGGCAUGCUGCUACGUAAGAAGGUGGUCGGCAUCGUCGGCAUGGGUCAUAUCGGGCAAGCUGUUGCUCGUAUGUUCGUAGGGGGGCUGGAGGCCUCCAUACUAGCCUUCGACCCGUACUUCGAACCUCACGGCAGCAGUCCGUGGAACUCGAUCCCCCAUCGCCGGGUCGACAGCCUGGACGACAUUCUUGAUGCCUCGGAUAUCGUCACCCUUCACGUGCCUUUGACGACAGCGACGAGGGACCUUAUCUCUGCACCGCAGUUGAAACGCAUGAAGAGUACGGCUAUUCUGCUCAACACUGCUCGCGGGGGCACCGUCAACGAAGAUGACCUGGCCACGGCCCUUGAGCAUGGCUGGAUCUGGGGCGCCGGGUUCGACUGUCAUAUCCAGGAACCCCCGACGCUUCAAAAGUAUGCCCGCUUAUGGAAGUGCCCACGGUUUGUUGGAACUCCUCACAUUGCGGCCGCGACGGACGAAACUCAGAUAGCAACCAUCAACGCUGCGACGGACAAGGUUUACGACUUUCUUCAGGGUCUAAGCAAGUCUUCGGUGUGA